ACCAAUAGCUACGAAAUGGCGGUUUGCAACCGCCAAUGUGUGCACCGCUAUUACCAAAGGAUUAAUAUCGUACAGCAUGUACAAGAAUACCUGGAAAUUCAUUGCCGUUGAACAGCUGAAACUUCCUUUUCAUGCGGAUUAGAAUAUCAUGAAGAAUUCCUAUCUAGUGAUCACAUUGGUGACUGUUCUUUUCGUUGAUGGUUGGUGGACUGGACUUCUUAAAUGGCUCCUAGUCGGCACGGUUUCGAGCAAAAUCAUUGGUGCUGCUUUCAACACUCUUGUUGAUAUUUGCGCUUAUCACCCAGACAUUUGGGAGUCAUCUGCUUAUCUGCUUUCGUUACCUCGAAAUUCAGAAUUGAAAUUUGAUUGCCCACCAGGAUUUAUCCCCGCCGCGAACCAAAGCCAUUUCCCAACUAGCAAUGGCUGCGGCGCUGAAGGACUUAAAAUAGAAUCAAAAUAUCUCCCGCAUAAUGAUCAAGAAGAUUGCUGUAACGCCCAUGACGUUUGCUAUGAUAAAUGUCAUGCGAUUUCGACAAUCGCAAUAAGCCUGCAUCGAAUUGGCUGUGACCAGAAGUUUAAAGACUGCCUGACAAAAAUUUGUGCACUCAAAAGUUGGCAGCUAUAUUUUCUUUGCCCAUUCCAGAUUUUGCUUACAACAAAAUUCUGGAAAGAGAACUGCGAGGAACCGUCACGUUACGAUAAUGAGAAAAAAUGCAAAGCAUCUGCUAAAGUUCUGUAUGAAUCUGUUAAUCGUUGGGGACAUGACGCUUAUGUCAAGGCUCAGUCCAUAGCUUGCGUCUGUAUUCCAGUUUGACGAAACUUUAUAGACCAACAACAAAUAUCGUUGGAAUAAUUUACUUACAUCAUAAUCUUGUCGCAUUUAUUUACAGCAUGGAAUUUAGACAAGUGGCACAUUUUCAAAAAUAAUAAACUGUUAAUGAC